AUGCGUGUGUCGGUCCAUCGAUUCAUCCUCCUCGCCUUCACGGCCUUUUGCCUAGUUUACCUUGUUGAUGCGGCGCCGCCGAAUCCUGUGUCGGCCGUCGCCGCUAUAGAGCCUAGGAAACCUCCUCCAAAAGCUCCACCAGGCUGUCCCACUGCCAGAUAUCUCCAUUCUCUAUCGAAAUAUUUCCUGCGUAGCUUUUACGACCCCGACAUCAAGAAACAAUUUGGAAGCUACGAAGGGUAUACUCAAGAUUGGUUCUGGGACCAGUUUAGCAUCACCGAUACAACCCCCAACUAUCCAGCCGAGCAAAAAGGCAAGAAGUUAGCUGCCCCAGGGAGGUGGGCCAAGUCGAGACGCGAAUUCAGCAACAUAUUGACGGAAGUUAUACCAAAGAUCCGCAACGUCCUUGGUGAUAUUCACUUGGAUGAGAAUGAACUUUCCUCUGGUGGGAUGGAGGGCAAUGAUUGUCUGACUGGGGUUUGGAAGGCCACUUAUAUCGCGACAUUGAAGAAACCGUAUGGAGGCAAGAAGAAAGGCACCAAAGUCAGAUGGACGCACUACCACACCAUUAAAGUGGGAAAACUGGAUCCCAACAUAGGCUUCCAGAUUCUGAAUGCUACGGUUCGCACGGACUGGUCUGCUUUCUACAAAUAG